CUCUUCAUCAAACUAUAGUUUGAGUUUCUUUAGAACGAUGAGUUGGUAAAGUUCCACUGUAUCCACUUGACAAUGCGCUGUGGUUCAGUUCAGUGUCCGUCCUGUGAUUGGUGGCUUCCUGUCCAACAGGAAGUUAUGAACAGAGUUUAAAAGCUGCUGCAGGACAGCAGACAUUCACAGGAAGCUGGACCAGCAAUGGCUCUGCUGAAGGUUCUGCUGCUGCUGGGGCUGGGUGUUGCAGUGAGUUCAGUGUCUUUGCAGAAGAGAGUCAUAGGAGGUAAAAAGUGUAGAGAUGAUGAGCGACAGUAUCAUGUGAAGAUCACUGGACAAAGUCAAACAGAGAACUAUUUUUGUGGAGGAUCUCUGAUCAGUGAUCAGUGGGUUCUGACUGCAGCUCACUGCUGGGAGUCAGAUCCAGGAUGGGUUAUUAAGGCACAUCUAGGAGUUCAUCCUAAAGGUACUCCAGUGGUGACUUACACAAUCACUCGACAUGAAAUUUACAGAGACAUCAACGGUCGUGAACAUGACAUCAUGCUCCUGAAGCUGCCAAGACAAACAACAAUCCAACCAAUCAGACUAGCCACCUGUCCAGAUACUCUCCUACUCGGCACUAAGGUUCAGAUUGCAGGUUAUGGAGCCGCAAAAGCUGGAUUUUUUUUCAAAAAAAGAAUUCCCCAUACUCCAGAUGAACUUCAGUGUGCAGAACUUGAGGUUGAAAAACAUGAGAAAAUGGAAAAGGCUUUGGUAAAACUUAAAGUCUAUAGUCGCAGUUACCAGCACUGGAACUGUGCUAAAAGCUCCGGGAAGGACACAUCUGGGGGCGACUCUGGAGGAGGAUGGGUGUUCAACAACAGGCUGUAUGGCGUUCAUGCCUUCACUGGAGAUCCAAAGUAUGCCUGCAGUAAACCAACUGGUUUCAUGGACGUCUGUGCGUACAUUGGGUGGAUAAGACAAAUAAUUUAUGGUCGAAACAAUGGGUAAAUGAAACAACUUGGACGUAAAAUCCAGUGUGUCUGACAUGUAGCUAAAUGUUCACAGUGUCAUAAAAUCACAAAGUUCAAGUUAACCUUGAAAUUUCAGUUUUCAGUUGAUUCAUUUUCUGAUUUACAGAUGAAUUAUUUGGGGAGUAAAUUAUUGUAUUCAAGUUAAUCUGUGAUAAAAUCUAAUUUAUGAAUAAGUAAAGCUGCUGUUUGUAAUAAUCAGUACAUAAUAUCCACUGUCACAUGACUAGAAAAUAAAUGGCUGUUAUCUGA